AUGAAUUUUUACGCCAAAACUUGCAACGCAGUUCCAAACCUUCUGCUUAGGCUUCCUCUCAUAAUCUCGCUUCUCCUAUUCAAGUGCCUUAUAGGAGUUCAGGCUGCCAACAGUUCCCAAAAUUCAAGUGUUGGUGUGGUCAUUGAUAUCAAUUCUGAGACGGGAAAACAGCAGAGAAGAGCCAUGGAAGUUGCAGCUCAAAGUUUCAAUGAUUAUUCCAAGACUCAAAACAUUAUCCUUUUCUUCCGUGACUCUGGUAGAAACCCAUUACGAGCAGCUUCAGCUGCUGAAGAUUUGAUUAAUAAGAAGAAAGUUAAAGUCAUUAUUGGCAUGGAGACAUGGCAGGAAGCAGCUCUAGUUGCUGACCUUGGAACUAAAGCUCAAGUACCAAUUAUUUCAUUUUCUUCUCCCUCCGUAGUCCCUCCAUUAAUGCAACUUCGUUGGCCUUUCUUGAUUCAAAUGGCUAAAACUCAAGAUGCACACAUGAACUGCAUAGCAGAUAUUAUCCAUGCCUACAACUGGCAAAAUGUAAUAGCUAUAUAUGAAGACAACCCUUAUAGUGGUGAUUCUGGAAUGUUAAGCCUCUUUUCUGAGGCUCUCCAAAAGGUCAACGCGCAGAUUGAGUACCGAUUAGUUCUUCCAUCAUUCACUUCUUUAUCUGAUCCAAAAGGGGUUGUUCUCGACGAAUUGCUUAAGCUAUUGCCACUUAAAUCUCGUGUUUUUAUUGUACUUCAAGCAUCGUUCCCUAUGGUGACUCAUUUGUUCAGAGAAGCUAAGAAAAUUGAUGGAUUCUUGGGGAAAGAGUCAGCUUGGAUAAUCAAUGAGGAGAUUACAAGUAUGUUGGAUUCUGUCAAUAAAUCUAUUUUAUCUUCUAUGGAAGGUACUUUGGGAAUCAAAACGUACUAUUCUACAAGCUCUAGUGCUUAUACUAAGUUGCAGGAAAAUUUCCUAACUGAGCAUACAAAAACAGUUGGGUCCAAACCAGGAUUAAAUGCACUACGAGCUUAUGAUAGCAUUACAGUCAUCACAAGGGCCUUGGAGAAAAUGAAUACCAACUCUAGUAACUCAAUGAUGUUUUUGGAGGAAAUGUUAUCUAGCAAUUUCAAUGGUUUAAGUGGUCAUAUAAGGUUCAAAGAAAGUCAUCUAUCCUACACUCCAAUAAUAAGGGUCAUAAACGUGGUUAAUAAGAAAUACAAUGAAUUGGACUUUUGGACACCAAAGUUGAAGUUCGCUAGAUCUCUUAAAAUAUUGAAAGACAGAGAGAAAAGAGGUGAUAAUGCAACAAAAGGCUUAACUGGCCCAGUGGUCUGGCCAGGAGGCCUAACUUCUGUUGAUCCUAAAGGAUGGAAAAUACCUACAGAUACAAACCCUUUAAAAGUUGCACUUCCCAUGAACCCUGCUUUUGAUAAUUUUUUGAAGAUAGACCCCCAAAAUCAAUAUACUGGUUUCUGUAUUGAUCUUUUCCACAAGGUACGAGACAUUCUGAUUGACAAGUAUUCUGGUCUGCCCUAUGAAUUUCACCCCCGCAAUGAAUCGUAUGAUACACUUCUACUGCAUGUCAUAAAUGAGUCCUAUGAUGCUAUUGUAGGAGAUGUCACAAUACUUGCCAAUCGAUCAAAGGAUGUGUGGUUCACUCAACCAUACACUGAGUCAGGCUUAUCACUCAUCCUUCCAGCAGAGACUGAAGGAUCAGCAUGGUUGUUUAUGAAACCAUUUAGCUUGGAGAUGUGGAUAGCAACUAUUGCCAUUCUCAUCUACACAAUGUUUAUCAUCUGGUUCCUGGAGCAUCACUUGAAUCCAGACUUUGGUGGACCGUUGAAAAAUCAGAUCAGCACCACACUGUGGUUUGCUUUUUCUUCUCUAUUUUUCGCUCAUAAGGAGAACAUAAACAGCAACACUGCACGAAUAGUAGUUGGUGGAUGGUUAUUUCUUGUGUUUGUCCUAACCUCAAGCUACACGGCCAGCCUUUCUUCAAUGCUUACUGUACAACGGUUGAAGACUGGAAGAGAUAUUGAGUGGCUAAAGCAAAACAACUUACCAAUUGGUUGUGAUAAUAGCAGUACCUUUAUAAAGAGCUACUUGGUGAAUGUGUAUGAUGUUAAACCGCAUAAUGUCAUAGACGUUGAUGGAGAACAUGACAUUGUGGAUAAAUUCAAGAGCAAAAGAAUUUCUGCUCUCUUUCUUGAGAGCCCAUAUGUGAAGGUUUUCUUGAAUAAGUACUGCAAUGAUUACACUGCAACUACAGCUGCCUAUAAAUUUGGAGGGCUGGGCUUUGUAUUCCAAAAAGGAUCUCCAAUGGCAAAAGAUUUCUCUGAAGGCAUUUUAACACUAGCUGAAGAUGGAUCACUAAAAACUUUAGAAGAUCUAUGGUUGACCCCUUCCAAUGAAUGCUCAAAGAACAAAACUUCUCCAGAAACUGAGAGCCUGACCCUCACCAAUUUUUGGGGUCUCUAUAUGAUGUGUGCUGCCACUUCCACUUUCUGCUUAGUACUGGCCUUACGGACGAAGUAUCUGCAAAACCAUAACCAUUACCAACAUGAAGAGGAAGCUCAACGUCAAGGCAAUGCAACCACUGAUGAUAAUAGUGUUUGGAAGAAGGCUUUUAGAAUCGGUACAGAAUUUUACAAUGGGAAUGUGAGAACUUUUGAUAAAGCUGCAACUUUUGGUGGAAGGGGAACACAUGCUGUACGUCGUCGGAAUUCCUCAAGAUGGGAGAGUAUAAGGACUUCUGAUGAUCUAAGCAAUCCACAGCGCUCCCAAUCAGCUGUCAUAGAAAUGAUGUAGCCUCUGCAUGUUGCUCAAAUGAUAAAAAAAAAAAGAAAUAGAAACAGAAAUCAAUGACUUACAUACGUUGUUUAAAAUUCAUAUUUAACAGUCUCAUAACUUGGUUGUUAUGUAUAUUCUUUUUUUCUUUUUUUAUUGCCAGU